CCAAUCUUAAAGAGGGCGGUUGGAGUGAAGGGUUCGAAAUCUCAUCGACCCCAGCAGCUAUGGUUGUUGUCACUUUAACAUUGGACAUCAUGGGCGUACAAGUUCCGGUUAACAAGCCACUGCUCCAGUUCAAGGCCAUGGACAAGUGGCUGAAGAAGCCGACCCCCCAGGACGAGCCAUUUUCAGUCGAAAUGAAACACAUCAAGGACAUUCUCAAGGAACACGACACUCAGAAUCACCUCCUUCCCCUCAAAUUCCACCGCCACAUCAAACCCCCCGUCCACCCCCCCAAACGCCACUUUCUUGAAAAGGAAGUCGUAGCUGGAAAGAAAGUCCCCUUCAGCAAAACAAUGGCCAAGCGCAUCCGCAUGGUGUCUCUGGCCAGAGUGACCGACGAAGCGAUGGCGUUGAAGACCAUUUUUGAAACGGAGGAGUACGAGGCCGCGCGAAAAAUGCAACAUUCCACGUCCAUCUUCAUGCUUAAUUAGCUUUUUCUUCACUCGACCCUUCGACCCCCUUUAACUUAUCGAUUACUACGACGUAUUUACUUCUUCAAGCCCAGCGUUG